UCAGCUUCAACUAGAGGUAAAGAAGUCUGAUCAUGAGGCCUCUUGGCAUCGUCCUGCUACUGUCACUGGUUCUGUGCUUCUUGCUGGAUACUGCACGAGCUGAAGUCCAAGAUCCUGUCUGCUAUUCCAAACCAGGAUGCACCAAAGAAUAUAGCCCUGUCUGUGGCACUGAUGGAAUGACUUACAGCAAUGAAUGCAUGCUGUGUCAGGAAAAUAAAUUAAGAGGUAUUCCCGUCCGAAUCCAAAAACAAGGGAGGUGCUGAAGAACCACAAUAUC